AUGGGUCGCGGAUCACUCGCCAAUCUGCAUCGGCAGUUGCUCGUGCGCUUUGACAGCGUCACCCAGAGAGGUGCCGAGAACACGCUUAGCAGCGACCAGCUGGAGGCGCUCGAUGACUGCCUAUCCCGCUUCAGAGCCUGGAGCGAGCAGAUCGGCGUCGCCAACGGCGCGCUAGACGUGCUGGAGGAGUCCGGCAACGGAUGCAAGCAUACAAUCAUCAAGUGCUUCGACAGCGUGUACAUCAGACUAAGGGUGGUCGGCAAUCUUAUGAAAGAGGGCGACACGGCAGGCACAGAAAGAGAAGACGAGGCCCGGGCCACUGUCCAGCACAUCGCCAAGGACAUGGAUUCGCUCGAGGAGCAAGUUGCCGACAUCCAAUCUUUCCUCGAACGCCUGUCCGGACACGGCUCAGCCACCGACCUGCAAGAGCAAGACCACGCCUACGACAGCGACGACUCGCAGAUACGCCAUGUUUCCAACAGCACGGCAAACACCGGCACCGUCUCGUGGACUACCACGACCGACUCGACCGGCCAGGAGCCCCUGUCUGCCCCCAUAACACCCAAAGCACCCAGAGCAAGCAGAAUCCCCAAAACCCCCCGGACCCAGAUCAUGUCAGACAAGAACAUGCGGUCAGCUCCCACCAGCGCUGGCACCGCGUCCUCAAGCAAAACGCACGACGCCGAAUGGGAGUCAGAGUGGGACGCCGACUUGGUGGUGGCCGCGCUGUCCGCCACAGAAUCCCACGCCAGCUUCACCGCCGCCAGCUACGACGAGAACGAGGACGCCGACGCGAACAAGGGCAUAGACGCAAAGAACGAAGGCAACGUCGACUCGACAACCCACGAGAUAGACUUCUCCAAGGCUAAAGACUCCCCCGCCGCCAACGACUCGACGCACAUCUAUCACCCGGCCAACACGACGUGGAUCGAGGACACCUCGUCCGCCUUCAAAGGAGACGAUCCGGACGAGUGGCCAAGGGCGCAGACGCGGCUGGUGAGCAAGUCCAGCACCGACAAAUCGUCGCCCGCCGCAGCGCCGUCAAAGGAGAGAAGCGACUACGAACGCGACUACGAACUGUUCCGCAAGCACGUCAGCUCGCGCAUGCGGCUGUUGGAGAAACUCAACAGAAGCUUGACACGGAAGAUCGAGGAGCUCGAGAGCGGCAUGGCGACGAAAGAGGGUGGUGAGAGGGACGUGUCUGAGCCGUUCGCGGGGGGAAACGGGGAUGGGGAGGCGGCGCGGGAGAAGCUGAUCAGAGAGGAGGCCGUCGAGGAGUACAGGCAACGCUUGCGUGACGAGCACCGCAAGGAGCGGAAGCGCCGCAAGAUGAUGAUGCAUGAAGCACGGCUGAUCGAGGAGCGUGCCCAGCGGGAGAUGGCCGACAUCUACCAGCAGAGCGGCUUGCAGAUCCACCGGGCUGCGCAGCGCCAUCAGGACGAGGUGUUCCACAUCCAGCAGCAGUUGACCACAGAGCUCCUGACUGUCGAGAGAAGGAUACAAGAGCGGAUCCAGGCGAAAGUGUGGAGCUUACCCACCGGCUCGGUGGUAGAAGAGAAAGCGGAUAAAGGAAAAAGUCGACGCGUGUCAUUCGAACCUCGGGAACGGACAGGCACUGAUCGGCCGGACGAACCGGUAGCCAUAUCAGAGAAGGAACCCAACCUCCAAGUGCCAUCAUAUCGGCUGAGUGGGGCUUCAGGGAUGGCGAGACGAGCUUCGGACGCAUCACACGCUGCGCCAGAAGCCCCCCAGGGGACAUUUUUUGCGACGGACCUCUCAAACAUACACCCGGCAGAACGGCCACAGCGGCAGAUGUCGGCAGAAUACAGGCCAAUCUCGGCGGUUGCGCCAUGGGAGGGUAGGGAGGUGGCCCACCACGAGCCGGAAACACUGAAGCCCAACUUGAAGCGAUCAUCUACCACCGCCAGCAGAUUCCGCCGACUGGCACGGGCGCUGCGACUGAAACCCGUAGGCCGCAAUGAUGUCAACGUUGUCAAUGUCUCCAAAAGCGCAAAGGCUUCCCCUGAACGGAGCGAAGUCACGGCCAACCGGCGUCUGUCCAAAGGAAGCUUCCUAUCUCGCCGCCGACGCGCCUCCUCAAUCAAGCACCCGCAACCAGAGCAAAGAAACAGCUCCUACGGAGAGGCGCCCGACCAUGUUCCAGAGCUUCCAGCAACCAUCCAGCCCACCGCCGUCCGAACCUCCUCGACCCGCCAUCCAUAUCGCCCAGCUGACCAUCAAGCGGCAGCUCCGCGACAACGCACCGUGUCGGACAGCACAGUCUUCCGCCAUCAACCGUCCUCGUUCCAAUCAACGCCGACCCCGCCUCGCCAUCCGCCAUUCUCUUUCCAGCUCAGCGUCCCGCCCGGCGCACGAGGAGGCACAUGGCCGCCUCCUCCGCACAAGACGCAAAUGCCAUCAGACGCACUGACGUCGUACUACGGGAUGCCUUGGGAGUGGGGCAGGAUGAGUCCCCUCAUCGCCGCCGCCACCGCCGCCUGCGCCGCUCGAGACCAACAGCAGCACCAGCUCAAGCGCGAACGCCGCCACCACCACCACCGCCGCCGCCACAGCAGUCAUCCUCACCACCACCGCUCCUCAUCCAACAGCAACAGCAACAACAACAACACCACCACCACCACCGGCGACCUCAACACCCCCACUCCGGCCUCAAGGCACAACAACAACAACACCACCACCACCACCGCCAAAACAAACCACUACCACCACAGCCGCAACAAACACAAACACCCCCUCUCAACCUUCCCCUCCACCACCUCCACCACCACCUCCUCCCCCUUCACCGCCACCACCACCACCACCGCCUCAUCCUCGACGCAAUCGCCCGCCGGCAGCGUCCACGCCGACAAGUACUGGCCCGCCCUGACGCACCUAUCCUCCCUACCGUUUCGCGCACACAGCUACUACUAA